CCCUUUACCAGUCCAUGUAUGGGUUUGUGCCACUGUGACAUCCCCAGAAUCUCUCCUCCUGCCCUGCCCCCAUCAGGAACAAUACCCCUAUGAGACCCAAACUUCAUCCUUACAAGAUGGCACACAGUCGAGCUCCACAGUCCAACUCCACCUUCCAAUGCCCAGCUUUCUUCAUAUUGACUGGCAUCCCAGGGUUGGGAGAUGGCCAGGCCUGGCUGACACUGGUGUUUGGGCCCAUGUAUCUGCUGGCCCUGCUGGGCAAUGCAACACUUCUGACAGUGAUCCGGAUAGACUCUACACUGCACCAGCCCAUGUUUCUACUCCUGGCUACACUGGCAGCUACUGACCUGGGUUUAGCCGCAUCUAUAGCCCCAGGGCUGCUAGCUGUGCUGUGGCUUGGGCCCCGACCUGUGCAAUAUACUGUCUGCCUCAUCCAGAUGUUCUUUGUACAUGCACUGACUGCUGUGGAAUCUGGUGUGCUUUUGGCCAUGGCCUGUGAUCGUGCUGUGGCAGUGGGACGUCCACUACACUACCCUACCGAGGUUACUAAAGCCCGGGUGGGCUAUGCAGUCUUGGCAUUGAUACUGAAAGUUGUGGCUGUUGUGGUGCCUUUCCCUCUGCUGGUGGCACGAUUUGAGCACUUCCAUGCCAAGAUCAUACACCAUGCCUAUUGUGCACACAUGGCAGUCGUAGAGCUGGUGGUAGGUAACACACGAGUCAACAACUUAUAUGGGCUGGUACUUUCAUUGGCUGUGUCUGGUGUAGAUAUUCUGGGCAUUGCUGGAUCUUAUGGGCUCAUUGCCCAUGCUGUGCUUCGGCUACCUACCCGGGAGGCCCGGGCAAAGGCCUUUGGUACAUGUAGUUCUCACAUCUGUAUCAUCCUGGCCUUCUAUGUGCCCGGUCUCUUCUCCUUCCUCACACACCGCUUUGGUCAUCACACUGUCCCAAAGUCAUUGCAUAUCCUUUUGUCCAACAUCUAUUUGCUGCUGCCACCUGCCCUCAACCCCCUCAUUUAUGGGGUCCGCACCAAGCAGAUCAGGGAUCGAUUCUUAGAAAUGCUCAAAUUCAGAAAAAAGCCAUUUUAAUGGACAGUGGGACCUUGGCAUAAACAGGGUAAGGAAACU